CGAAGAACCCGCCAUACGAUGGGAAGGGAAUUCCUAAGAGCCUUGCACCCUCCAAGUUCUAGUCUCAUUUCAUCAUGUCCGAGACUCGAGCUUCAACAACGGUUGAGGGCCAUGAGACAGCCGCAACCGUUCCGGGCCAUCACGAAUCGAAGCCCCUGACAUGGUUUCUUGUCGUCUUCUCCUUAUUAGCAGCCCUGUUCCUGUUUGCACUGGACAACACCAUUGUGGCCAAUGUCCAACCUGCUAUCAUCGGAACUCUGGGGGAAAUUGAGAAACUCCCAUGGAUCUCCGUUGCAUUUGCCCUUGGGGCCAUCGCCACAGAUCUCCCUUGGGGCCAGAUCUACGGACACUUCAACAACAAAUUCCUCUUCCUCGCCAGCGUAGUGAUCUUCGAGUUGGGCUCCGCUGUCUGCGGAGCGGCACCCACCAUGAACGCGCUGAUCGUGGGUCGGGCGAUUUGUGGCAUCGGCGGCAUGGGCAUCUAUCUGGGCACGGUCAACAUGGUAUCGGCAUUGACCACGGAAGCCCAACGACCGCUCUACCUGGGGUUUGUCGGGUUGACGUGGGGGAUUGGGACCAUUCUUGGACCCAUCAUCGGGGGUGCCUUCGCCGACAAUACCUCGGCCACCUGGCGCUGGUCCUUCUACAUCAAUCUCUGCAUCGGAGGGCUAGCAGCCCCGGUGUACUUCUGGCUGCUGCCCCAGACCGCCUCACCGCGCCCAGGACAGUCGCUAUUGACGCGCAUAUGGGCGCUGGAUGUAGUCGGGAUGGUGCUGAGCGCGGGGGCCAUCACCAGUCUCAUCAUGGCGAUCUCGUUCGGGGGCAGCUUGUAUGCAUGGGGGAGCGGGCGGAUCAUCGGACUCUUUGUCUGCUCAGGCGUUCUAUGGCUGCUAUUCAUUGGGCAACAGGCGUGGUCGCUGGGACUACGACCGGAGGCGCAGGGCCAGCGGCUCUUCCCGACGACGCUCGUCCGCUCGUGGGAGAUGGACGUGCUCUUCGCACAGAUGGCCAGUGCCCAGGUGUUGGUGAUGGUGCCCAUCUACUUCCUGCCCAUUCUGUUCCAGUUCGCGCAUAAUGACAGCGCGUUGGCUAGUGGGGUGCACCUACUACCAUUUGUGCUCGUGCUAGUGGUGGCCGUCAUGCUGAACGGUGCCCUUAUGGCCCAGCUAGGCUACUACAUGCCAUGGUACCUGGCGGGUGCCUGCCUCGCCCUUGCUGGCAGCGCCCUUUUCUAUACCGUCGGUCCCGACACCAGCAGCGCUCGUCUGUAUGGCUACUCGGUGCUCACGGCCUUUGGCGUCGGCUGCUACUCCCAGGCUGGGUUUCCCGUCGCUCAGGUCAAAGUCUCCCCGGCCAAACUCACCCAGGCGGUUGCCUUUAUCGGUGUCGGUCAGGUUGGCGGUAUUGCCCUCGCCUUGACCAUCUCCAACACCAUCUUCCUCAAAAAGGCCACUAGCCGCAUCUCCACCAUCCUUCCUCAGCAGUCUCGCUCGACUAUCCAGCAGGCCAUCUCCGGUGUGCGCGCUGAGUUGUUUAGCUCGUUGAGUGUUGCACAGCGUCAGCGCGUGGUGGCUGCCAUUGUGAGCAGUGUCGAUGACGUGUUUGUCCUGAUGAUUGCCGCUGCCGCUCUGUCUGUGGUGCUGGCGUUGGUCAUGAAACGGGAACGAUUAUUCGUGAUACCGUCGAAAGGAGAUGGUGAAGAUGUCGAAGAAGAGGUAAUGACAACGAAAGAACAGAGCUCACAAUAAUUUCCUACAAGUUCAGGUGGGGGAGUAAUCUACGUAGUGAACGGGAAAGAAUUUUGUGAUAAAAUUGGGGGUAGACUUGGGCCUUGGUGCUUAGGGCUUGGUGUUUGGUGAUAGUAGUAAUAGUGUUCUAAUUGAAGGUGAAUUGGAGCUGUUCA